AUGCCGUCGCACUCUGAUAGCGAAGGCCUUCAGGUCGACAUGACCAAUGCCCCUGAGGUAGCACACCUCUAUGGCCAGCACAAACUGUACUACAAUCCGCCAGAGUACCAGCAACCAGAACCAGAGCCAGAGUUGAGUCCACAGCGGAAACAGAUUCAUGUUCCGUUUGGUCUUGGAAUCUGGACUUUUGGUCUCCUUAUUGGUGUCUUGGCUGCUGUCGUUGUUGGUGCGGGAGUUGGUGGAGGAUGUGCUGCUGCGCUGGGAAAUUGCUCUAGCAACAAUGCAGAAUUCGCCGAGUGUUCCGAAGCGGCCCCAGUCGAGACCAUUUCAUGUCCGUCUCCGUCCAUCGAGCCCAACAACACGUCCUCGGAGAAUAUUACAGACCCCUACGUCCCAAGACGAGCAUCGGCCGUGGAGCGACUAGAACUCAACUGCCCCACAGACUUUCGACAAAGAACAGUCUUCAAGUCCAACAAGGGCUAUGAGUUCUCCUGGUACUGUGGCGUAAACGUACCAGCAGGUGACCCUGCCAAGGGCGGCGGCGUCAUGGAAGAUGUAGCACCCAUAAUUGCUUACACUCUCGAAGACUGUCUAAACGCCUGUGCCGCCAUGAUCGAUAGAGAUGAAAAUAGGGGGACGGGGGUCAAGUGCAAGAGCGUCGUCUUUGAUAGACGGAUGGCUGAGAUGGUAGGCAAGCUGGGCGCAAACUGCUUCUUGAAGAAUGGUACCAAGCCAGAGGGGGGUGAGUGGGGGUUUGAUGAUGAUCUUAUGGCUUAUGCCGAAAGGAAUGAUUGA